AUCCCGUUUUGAAAUCAUCAAAUUCACAGGGAUCCGCCCACCAUCGGGGGACCUGCUUAAGAUUUCUUUUUUGGGGUAAUUCCUUUGCACUUCCACUUCACGAUUUUACUUUGCAGCCUCUUGUGUUUAGCCAUUUUGGCCCAAUCCAGCUCCACCCACUGCAAGGCCCGCCCGAGUCUUGCCUUCCUGCAUUUCACAACCUCAGCCUUUCCCGAGCAAACGAACUUAAUUGCUACAAUCCACUUCAUCAUCAUCUUAGUUGCUAUUGCCCCGUUCAACUCUUUACUAUGACUAUUUGAGCAAUGAUAGUGCUCGAAGUGCCAAUUUAUCCUUGUUAUACCCCAUUUCUUUCUGCACCUGGCGCCCGUCGCUGGGUUCAGACGUAGACCACAGCAUGGAGGGAUUAUAUGAAGAGCUUCAGGAGCUGCAGGGGAAGAUGGAUGAGUUCCCCCCCGAAGCACAUUGGUUUUGCCCGAAACUUAAUGACGAGGACUAUACAAACUACGGCGAUCCGGGAAACGAUGAGGAGGAUGCGUCGUCCGCUACAAAGAUCAAGUGCAUCGAAGACGGAGAGAAGCGACUGAAAAUUACAUACCGCUUUUCUAUAAAACUCGGGUUUUCUUCCGAACAGGUCGAGGAGGCAGGUUUCGGGGACUCCUUCGAACGCCGUGCAACAGAGUUCUUAUCCACCUGCGACCAAUGUGUCCGAAACUAUCAUACCGGGAGGAAGGAAUUCUUGGGAUACAUGUCUGAGGAAUUUGCAGAUGAGGUUAUGGAGCGGUUGUCUGAAGUUAUCGACCGGUUUGAUCACUCCCGAAUCGACAAAGGCCUUGACAAAGCAGCUGCUCUUUUGAACUCGCUUCCUGUCGCUCAACGCACUAUGCGAUCACUGGCCUCUGACCAGGUUGGUCUUACGGCGCUCUAUGAGGCGUUAUGCUGCCCAUCAUAUCACAAGUCAAAGGAAAAGCUUUCGACUCCGCUCGGCGAUGUCCUCCGGCUGGUCCAGACAACGAAAGUGCUUAGGAUAAGCGGUAUUGUCCCCGCGACCACCCGCUUUCUUUUUGAUGCCGACGAACAUCGCCGUCAAUUUGCCAGCUUGGGCUGGAGGAAAGCUCCCCAAGAUCUCGACAGGAAAACGUUUGAGUGGGCCGUUCAAGACGCUCUAGUGGAGCAAAUUCAGUUCAUUUCCGGUCCAGGCCGCUCAUUGAUAGAAAUCCAGCGGUUUUGGGAAGGGCUUGUUCUCAUCAUCAACAAGCUGGAUAGCGACCUUAUCACUCAUUCUCUUCGCGGGUUGGAGGUAUCUCCCGAUGUCUACCAUCUGGCGUUAGCACACCUCCCCUGUGACUCUGAGGAUAUUCUAUCCAACAUUAUCCACGCACUUAUAAUGCUUCUUGGGAAAUCCUCAAAUUCCUUCUGGUCGGCAUAUGGGACUAUUUCUUCAACGACCGUUGCGGAACAAGUUUUCAAUUCCCCAGCGUUCGAACGCCUUCUAUCUGGAUCCCACAUCAAUGACCAAGGUCAUGAUAAGUAUGCCUACAGCGCAACGUCCUGGAUCACGCCUUUUGUGGAAUCCCUACCAGCCGCGCAGCAAUAUGAUGCGUGCCAUAGCAUGCUUGUCAGCCUGCUAGGUCGUUAUCAAAAAGAGCACAUCCCAGAUUCAUCCAAGCUCGUGUGCUGUCGGGCUGGCUUGGCGACGAUGAAUAUAGUGUUGACCACAUUUACCUCAAAGGAAUACACCAUCAACACGUCAACGUCAUUUAUAAUGAUCAACAAUGUCUUGGGACUGGUUGAUAAGUUCAAAGACAUGAUUGUCAACUGUGCCACAGUUGCCGAGGGCACAGAAGGGCAUACAGAAUUAUCGGAAGCUGGUCUACAAGUCAUUCGAUUAGCAUUGUUGCUUGAUUGCAGGUCUCUCAAUGCAGAGUUCCUCGCUUUAGAAAAUGGCAAGCCCGUGGACCAUGGUUUGAACAGCCACUCGGAGUCAAUUUGGAAAUCCGUCCUCGACUCAUUCCGAGUCAAUGAUAUGAAGAUGGCCGAUAGCAUAUUGCGAGGAAUCACCCCUUUGAUUGGCCUCGAGAAGUUUAUGCUGAAGGGCCAACCAGAGGGAUUACACAGCAACAUGAAUCGUUUCAACAGCGCCUUCGGCCAGCUAACAGAGAUUGUCGCAAGUGUUUUUGAGCGCAUCAGUGACUUCAGUGUGGAAAACCUUCGGCGCCUCUGUAGCAGUAUACCGACGGCCAAUCCACUGUUUGCCGGCCUCACCUCAGCACAUGCACCUACUUACGAUGCCGCGGUUGCGUUGAUCAAAGCUGUCACUGAAACAGAUAGCCGAAAGGAUGCUAUUUCUGCCGUCCUCGAAAGGUUUAUGGACACGCCGUUGAUGGCGUUGGCAUCUGCCGCAAGGAAGAUCAAUGAGUUUCGAACCUUUGCGGCUGUCCCCAAUGUUCUCAAAACAGGACGCGAUGUUUUGGAUGGGCUUUGCAACCCUCAAAGUGGUCUCUUGCGUAGCAAAGCCUCAUUCUCUCUAAAAGAACAGAUAUCUCUUAGAACCUGGUGGACGGAGCAGUGGCAAGCCAUUGCAACGUCGUUUCAGACGGUUGAACAAUGGAGCAAAUAUUAUGACACCGACAUCUUGGUCAAUUUCUGCCGCGACGCUAUGGAAUACGCAGAAGCUCUCUUCGAAGAAUACAACAUUGUGGUAAAUGUUCUCAGCAACGGCUCUGGAGAUGCCACGCUGGCUUCAAAGGAGGUCAUGUCUCUGGCUACUGCAAGGAAGGUCGUUUUAAAGCAACCUUGUGAAGCAACUACGAGUCUCGUUAAGUGGCUUCGGCUGAAGGAUCAAUAUCUUGUCUCUACUGUGGUCAGCCUCGUCAGCAAGAUCCUUCGCCGCCUCGGAGAAUUCGAUAUGGAGGUUGAUGAUAGGUCUUUGGAAUAUAUCGACAAGGUGACAUUUGACAGAAUCAAGACAGUCUUGACUCCGCAGCAGAAAGCUGAGCUACGGAAGGCUAAGGAGGAGCAUAGCGGCGUUAAAUAUAUCGAGCAGAAGCCCCUCGUUUCUAAGACGCAGGGAAAGAUUGAUGCCUGGUCGAAAUCCGCAAAUGGCGUCAAAUAUGAACUUUCCUCGACAGGCAAACCAUCCAAAGGCCAGCAAGGUGUCAUCGAUGUUGAGCAAUGGAAGAGCAAGUCAAGCCUUCCAGACAAUUCUAUGGCCGAAGAUGUGCGUUCUUUAUCUCGCACGCUGGAUCAAGGCAAGGGUACACUGGAGCAAAUAAGAGCACGCCAGCAAGCCAAACAAAUUGCGGCAGUGAAACCGGUCCCGAUGAAACCUAGCAUUGUCGCCAGGUCUAACGAGAGUAUAAAGCAGUCACGGCAAAGAGAAAAGGAUGAGAAAAAGCUGCGUGACGCCGCAAUUAUAGCCAAAGCGAAGGCAUUGAGGGCGCCCACUGUUCUCGGGGAAGGCUCCGGGCUUAAAAACCUUGGCAUCAUUGGCAAAGAUCAUGCGCCUGAGAAGGGAGAGAUGAUGGUAUCCUCAAGCGAAGAAUCAGAGGAGGAGGAAGAAGAAGGCGGAAGGACUUUGCUUAAGAAGACGAGGGAUGCCUCCAAGAAAUCCAGCGAGUUCGAGGAAGAGCGACGACGACGGGCAUUGGUGAGGAAACAGCAGGAGCCUGUCAAGAAAAUGAAGAUCAAACGGACUGAGAAGGAUAUGCGCGCUCGAUUGACGCCAGAUAUGACUGAUCUCCAUCUCGACAUUCUUAGAUGGGACAUAUUCUGGGACGGCGAUGGACCUCCAAAUGGUACUGGGUGCGUGAGAAUAGCCAACACCUACCAAACUCCGGAUAGCUACCGGGGUGUGUUUUAUCCGCUCUUAAUAGCAGAAGCCUGGCGAUCACUGAAGACUGAUCGUGAUGAAACUAAUUCCCAAGCUUUUGAUAUUGCUGUCGUUACCAGAAUGUCAGUGGAUAGGUUCUACGAAGUCAGUACUACGAUGACAAUGGCCGAUCACCGCGAGGCGAAGAUUAGGGAGGGUGACAUCGUUCUGCUCUCCAGAGCCAAAGAGCCCCUGAAGAAUAGGGAGGCGCCCCAUUGCUUGGCCAGGGUAUAUCGUACCAACCGCAAGAGGGACAUGGUGGAGGUAUCCUACCGCCUCAAUGGCAUGGCUGUCAAUAAACCUGGAGGGCUUGCACUUGCACCCAACACCCAGAUCCGUGGGGUGAAGAUCACAAGCAUAACCUCAAUUGAGAGAGAGUACGCCGCUCUCAAGAGCAUGGAAUACUAUGAUCUGUGCAACGAAAUCCUGCAGGCUGAACCAUCCCCGCUGCUCAACUACCCCGAUAGUGCCCUGGCCCCAGUGCAACGGAACUAUGACGUUAAUAGAGCGCAAGCAAAGGCCAUUUGGUCCGCUACGGAAAAUGAUGCCUUUACAUUGAUUCAAGGUCCCCCUGGAUCAGGCAAAACCAAGACCAUCGUUGCGAUGGUAGGCGCCAUACUGUCGCCAACGUUGGGCAUUGGACCGGGAGUCUCAAUCGCACGGCCCACAGGCAUGCCAGAUCCGAAAAAGGAUACUUUUGCGAAGAAGCUAUUGGUCUGCGCACCAAGUAACGCAGCCGUGGACGAGCUAGUUUCUAGGUUGAAGGAAGGCGUUACAGAUUUGAAAGGCAACCGUCACAAGAUCAAUGUCCUCCGGCUUGGACGAAGUGAUGCCAUCAACUCUAAUGUGAAAGACGUCACUCUUGAAGCCCUAACGGAUGCUAGAAUCGAAAAGGACAAUGCAAAUGGCAGUGCGGUCGUUCCGGAGCGUCAGAAAUUGCAUCAAGAGGCCCGGCGGAUUAAGGAAGAACUUGCCGCCCUUAGGUCCAAACAAGAAGAAGCUCGCACAAAAGGAGAGAAGACGGUGGAGCUCAGACUCCAGAGAGAAAUUGAUGGGAAAAAACGCGACCAGACGAGGAUUGGUGCCAAGAUCGACGAGGACAAGGAUAACGGCAAUACUGUUGCUCGUGAUAACGAAAUCAAUCGUCGACGGAUACAGCAAGAAAUUCUCAACGGAGCACAUGUAUUGUGCGCGACUCUCAGUGGCAGUGGGCAUGAGAUGUUCAAGAAAUUAAGCGUUGAGUUUGAGACUGUCAUUAUCGACGAAGCCGCCCAAUCUAUCGAGAUGAGUGCCUUGAUUCCACUGAAGUACAACUGUACCAAGUGUAUAUUGGUCGGUGAUCCCAAACAACUCCCACCCACUGUCCUCUCGACCGUUGCUGCAGAAUUUGGUUAUGACCAAAGUUUGUUCGAGCGCAUGCAAAAGAAUCACCCGGACCGGAUCCAUCUACUGGACACACAAUAUCGUAUGCAUCCGGAAAUCAGCUCCUUCCCGAGAGGCGAAUUCUACGACGGCGAACUUGUUGAUGGUGCUGGUCUAGAGAAGUUGAGACAGAAACCGUGGCACGCAAGCGCCCUGCUUGGCCCUUACCGAUUUUUCGAUCUCAAGGGUACGUCGAGUCGCUCGGGAGGUCAUUCGAUGGUCAAUUACGAUGAGAUCAAGGUUGCCCUGCAGCUAUAUAAGAGACUUAAGACAGAUUAUCCUUUUUUCGAUAUCAAGGGCAAGGUUGGUAUAAUUACACCAUAUAAGGGUCAACUUCGCGAGAUCCGUUUCGCUUUGCAGCGGGAGUACGGUGACGACAUCCUGGAUGACAUCGAUACUAAUACGACGGACGCCUUCCAGGGUCGCGAGGCCGAGGUGAUCAUUUUCUCAUGUGUGCGAACAAUGGGUGGUGUUGGUUUCUUGAAAGACGUGAGACGUAUGAACGUCGGUUUGACUCGUGCUAAGUCUUCUCUCUGGGUUAUUGGAGAUUCCAGCACCCUCCAGCGCGAUCGGGUCUGGUCGAACAUGAUUCAAGAUGCAAAGAGGCGAGAUCGAUUUACUUCCGGAGAUGUCCUGAGCAUGCUGAGGGUGGCAUCUGUCAAGUUGCCCCAGGUCCCCAAGCAGUUGGCCAUUGAAGACGUGCCAAUGGAAGAUGUCGACUCCGGCAAGACCCUUGAUGGAAAUACAGACAGUCGCCAACCAUCACCCCCAGAUGUCCCGAUGACCGAUGCCCCUAAUAUUGUCGAACAGAGACGAGUCUCUAAUGGCAAAGGAGUCAGUAAUGCGGCGGCUGUUGGCGGAGGUCCUAGGCUCUAUAAACCUGGAGAACCCCGAAAUGGGGCCUCAACAGUGCGUCCAACCGUUAAAGCUGCCCCCAAGGAGAAUUUGGUGAUUCAGACGAGUCAAGCGCCAAAACGCUCACGAGAACCCUCCCCGAGUGGCAGUCCAGGCCCGUCAAAGAAGGUGCCUACUAUAUCGAAAGGAUUGCCGAGGAGACCAAGUCUAACACGUAUCUCGAAUUCUGACAAAUCUGAGAAAGAACCGCGCUCGAAAGUCUCACCCGCACCACAAGUUGAAAGGCCCAACAGCAGCAGUUCGAUGGGCGGUGAAAUCAAUGUUGGUUCUUCACGUCCAAAGCCACCCCCAGGUCUCCCACCACGACCUAAAAUCUCGAAAAGGAGGCCUGUUGCCGACCCAUUCCUGCCAGCAAAACCUCGAACACGUUGAACCAAUAUCGAUAGUUGCUUGACAUAAACUCAAAACAUCAUUCGGCGUUUUUCAUACGACACUACGUUAGGGAGCGUAAAUUCUAGUUCGGACUCCCGCAUCGUUAUGCCGAGGGAGUGAAAGGGCCUUCAUUUUAAUAUUGCUGUGAAGGGCAGAUUUGCGAUUAGUUACUACCUGCAUUUUGUGACACGACCAGUAGUUCCUGAUAUUCGAAAUUGGCCAGAGGAUUGGGAUUGUAGCACAUAAGUAUUGCAUUCCAUAUCCGGUAGCCCAUGGCCUAAUCACGACAAAAACUAUACAAUUACUCCUAAACAGGUAGACUACGGCUUGACCUCCUCCCCCCUCCAAUCCCAGAACUUGCCUCUCCCGUUCAAGCCCACACUACCAGCCACACCAACCAACUUCUCCGCCGCCAGUUCUGGCGAGAACAGCUUGUCUUCCUCGACAUGCUCCCAAUAAUCCCUCGACAGCUCCGUCUUCACACUACCAGGGUGCUGGGCAAUCGAAAUAGCAUUAUCACCCGACACGCCCUGGAGAUACAAAUCAAACGACUUCGCCAGACUCGUAACCCCCGCCUUGCUCGCCCGAUACGUAUACCAGCCACCCAUAAUAUUAUUGCUCGUGCUCCCAACGCUAGCACCCAUGGAAGCGUAGACCGCGCGCUCAGGAAGUCCCACUUCUCCCUCGAGGACAGCGUUCUUGCGAGGCAGGAAGUCGCAGAAGUGCUUGAGGAUCAGGAGCGGGCCGAUGGUGUUCACUUUGAAGCUCUCGAGGGCGUGGUGGGAGUCGAUUUGCCCGGGGGACCGCUCGGGGUGCAGGACGCCGGGGAUGGCGUAGGCGAGGCGGAGGUGGUGCGUUUCGGGGGGGAACAUCUGGCGUGCUUGGUCGGCGGCGGUGGAGAUUGUGAAUUCGUCUGUGUGAUGGGGGAUACUAUUAGAGAUAGCUCCUCGGAGGGGAGGGGGUCAAAGGGAUGUCUGGGCUAGAGGGGGAGCUGUUACCAACGCAAUCGAGUUCCAGUACAGUCAGACGGUCCACAUCUACGUUCUUCAGGCCGUCUAGAAGUGAGUUCCGCACAUCUUCUGUGUUGCUACGUGAGGUGGCCAAGAUGGGUGCCUUCGUAGUCUGCAGAAGGUGCCGGGUGAGCGCGAAUCCAAUCCCGCGGGAGGCAGGAGAGACGAAACACCAUGCCAUAUUUAUCUUGGGGUUAUAAAGUGUAUAAUCCGACUAUUCAAAGUUUCGUUACGAGUAGUAUAUAUCAGGGACUGUGAGAUGUGAAACUAUGGAGGGAGGUCUAUCCUAGAUGGGGGUCUACAUGGUGGGCUGAGGUUGGCUUGCUAGUAAACAGCUGAUUUCGCACGUCAACGUCAAUAUGAGCAGUAAUGUUGGGAUGGUGCUCAUUAGCGUGGCGCGAGACGCAACUCAAGGCGCUCCGAUUGCCGCCAUCGAGAUCUCCCCGCCAAGAACGCUUAGCGUAUAGAGGCAAGCUUAGCGUUUAUGGGAAUAGGUUCAUCUUUGGAAAUAAACGUAUUUAUCCCUUUGCUGUUGCUGUAGUGGGUUAGCUCUAGUUAUUUAAAUACUUGAAAAUGGGUUUAUUCCAGUUUAAUAAAUGGG